AAAGCGCGGCCGAACGCCUAGGCUUCCGGGUAUUGCUGCCAACCCCUCCCAGGACAGCCUCUCCUCAUAAUUUCUGGGAACACCCCAUGUAGCGGGGCGCGGAGCCCGGCUCUCGCAACUCAAGAUGGCGGACGAGAGUGAGACAGCAGUGAAGCCGCCGGCACCUCCGCUGCCGCAGAUGAUAGAAGGGCAGGGAAACGGCCAUGAGCACUGCAGCGAUUGCGAGAACGAAGAGGACAACAGCUACAACCGGGGUGGUUUGAGUCCAGCCAAUGACACUGGAGCCAAAAAGAAGAAAAAGAAACAGAAAAAGAAGAAAGAAAAAAGCAGUGAGACAGAUUCAACCCAGGAUCAGCCUAUGAAGAUGAACUCUUUGCCAGCAGAGAGGAUCCAGGAAAUACAGAAGGCCAUUGGGCUGUUCUCAGUGGGUCAGGGACCUGCCAAAACCAUGGAGGAGGCUAGCAAGCGAAGCUACCAGUUCUGGGAUACACAGCCGGUCCCCAAACUGGGUGAAGUGGUGAACACCCACGGUCCCGUGGAGCCUGACAAGGACAACAUUCGCCAAGAGCCCUAUACCCUGCCCCAAGGCUUCACGUGGGAUGCCUUGGACCUGGGGGACUGUGGUGUGCUGAAGGAACUAUACACCCUCCUGAAUGAGAACUAUGUGGAAGAUGAUGACAACAUGUUCCGCUUUGAUUAUUCCCCAGAGUUUCUGUUGUGGGCUCUCCGGCCACCCGGCUGGCUUCCCCAGUGGCACUGCGGGGUUCGAGUGGUCUCAAGUCGGAAACUGGUUGGGUUCAUUAGUGCCAUCCCAGCAAAUAUCCAUAUCUAUGACACAGAGAAGAAGAUGGUGGAGAUCAACUUCCUGUGUGUCCACAAGAAGCUGCGCUCCAAGAGGGUGGCUCCUGUCUUGAUCCGUGAGAUAACCCGACGGGUCCACCUGGAGGGCAUCUUCCAAGCUGUUUACACUGCUGGGGUGGUACUACCAAAGCCUGUUGGCACCUGCAGGUACUGGCAUCGGUCACUAAACCCACGGAAGCUGAUUGAAGUGAAGUUCUCCCACCUGAGCAGAAAUAUGACCAUGCAGCGUACCAUGAAGCUCUACCGACUGCCAGAGACUCCUAAGACAGCUGGGCUGCGACCAAUGGAAAAAAAAGACAUUCCAGUAGUGCACCAGCUCCUCACCAGGUACUUGAAGCAGUUUCACCUCACGCCCAUCAUGAGCCAGGAGGAGGUGGAGCACUGGUUCUACCCCCAGGAGAAUAUCAUCGAUACUUUCGUGGUGGAGAAUGCAAAUGGUGAGGUGACGGAUUUCCUGAGCUUCUAUACGCUUCCCUCCACCAUCAUGAACCAUCCAACCCACAAGAGUCUCAAAGCUGCUUAUUCCUUCUACAAUGUUCACACCCAGACUCCUCUUCUAGACCUCAUGAGUGACGCCCUUGUUCUCGCCAAAAUGAAAGGGUUUGAUGUGUUCAAUGCACUGGAUCUCAUGGAGAACAAAACCUUUCUGGAGAAACUCAAGUUUGGCAUAGGAGACGGCAACCUGCAGUAUUACCUUUACAACUGGAAAUGCCCCAGCAUGGGGGCAGAGAAGGUUGGUCUGGUAUUACAGUAACCAGUUGCCAGUGAGACUCUGGAUAAAGCCACUGAGAAUUCACACCAGGAAAUGGAACCCCACCACUUGUUGGUCCAAUUUUCACAAAUGUGAGAAUCCCUGGCAAAGGGAACAGGACUGAAUUGGCUUUACCAAACCGCCAGCGAACUUGACAAUUGUAUUGCAAUGGCGUAGGCUGCGUGAUGUCACCUCUGGCUGUGUCUCUGGUCUCCCUGUUUUCCUAUUAAUCGCAUCCUCAUGCAGCCGUGAUCAAGGGAAUGUAACUGCUGAAAACUAGCUCGUGAUUGGCAUAUUAUGGAGUUAACGGGUGAAUAAUAAAAGUAUAUAUAUAUAUUAUAUAUAUAUAAAUAUUUUAAAUAUCUUUCAUGUUCCAAAUGUACAAGGAUGUUUGGUCUCUAAUGAAAAGCUGAAUCCAGAUCAUUCCUCAAAAUUAGAACCCAAGGACAGUGGCAAACAGACACAUGUAUUGAUGCAGUUCAUUGUUUCCUUCAAAAGGAGGCAUUGGCUUUUCUUGGGGGAGCAAGAGAGAGAGGAUCUGGGGAACCUCAUGCAGUUCCCCUUCCAAAUUAGCUGGAACAGACUGGCUUUGAGAAGGAAGGUGGAGGGACUCUGCUGGCCUCUGGAGAGGGCUCAGGUCUCAUAGAAUGGCAGAUGGAGCCUCCUGGAUGGGGCUUACCUGCAGCAGGGACUUUCCUGCAUGGGUCAGACCUUUUCUGUGUUCUGAGACUGAGCAUCAGGGACAAUCCAUGGAAGGCAAUUUUAUUAAUCAGGUCCCUUCUUCUAUCCACUUGGCCUGCUCCCAGUAGGUGGUCAUCUUGCCAACUGAUUUAAAACAGGCUCUUUGGCCAGCUGUUGCCAACCUUAUAGGGACAAGUCCCUGCGAGAUUUUGCUUUUCCACUGCCUGGAGUGACUGGCAGUUUGAAGGGGACCUUGGACCUCCUUGUAGCAUCUGGGACCUUGUAAAGACAGUAUUAGUGCAAGGUCUGCUUAGUUCAUCUUAGAGCAAGGAGCCAGCACCCUGAUGUCCUCAGGGUGGCUGGGCAGGGAUGACAUGGGGCCAGUACCCAGACCCCUUCAGCCACCAGCCCCUGGCCUGUGCCUUGCAACCCAUUAGCUCUUUCUUAUUGUGCCCUCUUCCAAGACACAGCCUACACGUGGCAGCAACAAGUGGUGACUGGAGGCAGAUCUGGACUUGGCAACAGAAAGGAUUUCACAUUGCCCAGUUUCUUGAGUCUGACUUUCACUGUUGCUGUUUUGUGGAUUUUUGUGGUGGUAGUGAUGGUUAUUGAUGCUGCCAGUUUCCCAAAAAGUAAUGAGGCCUCUGGUCACAUGGCUGUCUAUGUAGGCAUUUGUCAAUUGUGUUCAGCCAAGUGGCCUGGGGAGGAUUAGGUGUGGAUUGUCAGCAACCCGCAUCCAGGCUCGUAUGUGACUUCUGCUGUAGGAGGAAGCAAAUGGGCGGGGAGCAUACCAUGUGGCAUGGGGCUUUCCUUGCUGCUUUCACCUCGCGGCUUCUUGGAGGGGGAUGAAACCUCAGCUGGAGGCCAGGUUCAGCCUGGUCUCACUAACUGAAGCCACUUUGUGUGGAUCAGCCGGGGUUUGUUUCAGGCUGUGGGUUUUGAUAUGGUUUGUCAGAGGCUGAUACUGUGGAGUCCCCAAAGCUGGAGGAAAUGGAAUGCUUGGGGUGGGGGCUGUGCCCCGCAUGGGAAUGCUGCCUGCUCUCUGCAGACUGCUGCUGGAGCCAGCAAGUGGGUUUGCAUCAGAGGCUGCUAAGGGCCUCCCUUCUCCCCAUCAUUCCUAUACUGCAAACUGCGGGCACCAGCAAUCAUGGCUGACCUUUGACUCCUUGACUCCAAGAUACCCAGACCAAAGAAACUGCUGUUCUAAACAAGAACACACCGCAUUCCGUAGACGGGAGGAGUCGGAGAAGCAAGGGCUCACCUUUAUGGAUGCAUAGACCUCAGACACAUGGCACUGCACGUCCCAGAGCAGCUUACCUUGUCCAGACCUUAGAGGAUAUCAAAGAACAAAGUGCCCAUGUCUUUCCUACUAUGGGCGGGCCCUGGAACUUGGAAAGGCUCCCUGUCCUAGUCUUGAUUAGUCCAGGCCCAGGUCCCGGCUCGAGCUGCCUCUGAGAUUUGGGAUGCACAGAUCUCUGGAGCGAGCUUUGCUUUGGUUGACCGAGGUCAUGGAAUGGCAACAGUGAGGCCCUUGUGGCUGCUCUGGAAGAAACAUCUCCUCGCAAAGGCCCCAGCGUCUUCCUUACAAGGUGGCCUGCUCCUUGGACUCUGCUGUUAUCUCACGGUGGGGGCCCUGCCUCAUCUGGAUCUGCAUGAGUCGGCUCAGGGGCUGCUGUUAGUCUCUUUUGUCCUGACGCUCCCUGGGUUCUUCACUCAGCCCUUCCAGGACUUCAGGACUGAAAGCUCAGAGACCAUUAUCAUGGGGUUCACGGCUCUGCACAGGAGCCUUGCAGGAUGGUGGCACCAUGACUGGAUUGAACCAAACAAGGGAAGGACCUCGGGGCCUCCAAGCUGACCCACCUCAGGCAGCCGCUGUUGGAAUGCCUCUCCAGGCCUGGCCCCCACCCUCUGCCACACAGUCCCGGCUGCCUUGUUUUGAAAAUGACCUUCACCUCCUGCCUUUGGAUUGACUGAAUUUGACCAUGUUCUCUGGUCUCUGUGUAGGGAGAGAGCUGGAUAGAAAGGAGGCCUUAGCUCCCGAUUGAGGCCCACAUAGUGCUCGUCUUCCCCACCCAUACCUAUUUCCGAAGAUGCUGAUGUGUUGUUUAAAGGCCAGCCCACACCAAGCCACUUCAAUACCCAGGUUAAUGGAAAAUUUCAGGCCUUGCCUGCAACUCUCUUCUAACUGCCAUUGCCCCCCUUACUUGCUGGCUCUCUGAUGCCCAAAGGUGGGUGUCCCCGUGGUCUUGAAUUCUUUCCCCAAAGGCAAUCAGCGUUUACCCCACCUAAGGCCUUGGCCAGCUUCGUGGAGCUGUGGUCUAGGUGAGGGAGAGGGACUGUUGGGCUAGGGGAGGGGGUCAGGAGUGUCUUUCUGGUCAGUGCCUACCCACGUGGGGCAGCCUUCUUGUGGCCUAGCCCACCUGCCCCAGAAGCAGAGGAGACCCAAGCCUUCAGUUUUGCCCUGCUGCAAAGUAAAGGCAGGCCAGCAAACAGGCUUCACCUAGGGAGGCUGUUUAGGAUAAUAUCAUUCGAUUAAAUUCAAAAAUAAUGACUGACUGGCACACAAGUGCUGCGUCUUGGAACAGGGAGUGGGGAAGCUUCAUCUUUUUGUCUCGGCUAUUCCUUGGGCUGUAGGGGGGGCAUCCAUUUCCAGGGCGGGGGAGGAAAUACCAAAUGCAUUGUUGUUCUGCUCAGUACAUCUCACUUGUUUCUAAUAAAGGAAGCAGCUGAACAAAC